AUGGCCGCCUCCACCACCAUGUCCAUCUGCUCCGAUGCCUGCAUCCACGCCUCCUGGCAGGUGGACGACUGCCCAGAGAGCUGCUGUGAGCCCUGCGGUGCCCCCAGCUGCUGCCAUCCCCGCGGCUGCACCCCCGCCCCCUGCGUCACCUUCCUCUGCUCCCCAGCGGGCUGUGCGUCCAGCCCCUGCUGCCAGUCCGUCUGCGCCAGCUGCUGCACACCCUCAUGCUGCCAGCCGUUUAGCUGCCAGCCCUGCUGCUGCGCCUGCUCAGCCUGCCAGCCUUCAUGCUAUGAGCCUGUGUGCCAUGAGCCCGGGUACUGUGGGGCUUCCUCCUGCUGCUGCCAGCAGUCCUGCUCUGAGCCCAUGUGCUUUGAGCCCAUGUGUCAUGAGCCCGUGUGCUGCAGGCCCAUGUGUUGUGAGCCCAUGUGCCGUGAGUCCGUGUGCUGUGGAGCUUCCUCCUGCUGCUGCCAGCAGUCCAGUUGCCAGCCCUGCUGCUGCCCCUGCUCAGCCUGCCACCUGUCCUCCCAUGAGCCCAUGUGCCAUGAGCCCGUGUGCUGCAGGCCCGUGUGCUGUGAGCCCGUGUGCUGCGGGGCUUCCUCCUGCUGUUGCCAGCCAUCCCGCUGUGUGCCCGUGUGCUGCAGUCUCAUGUGCAGUGAGCCCAUGUGCCAUGAGUCCAUGUGCCGUGAGUCCGUGUGCCUUGAGUCCGUGUGCCAUGAGCCCUUGUGCUACGGGGCUUCCUCCUGCUGCUGCCAGCCGUCCAGCUGCCAGCCCUUCUGCCGCCCCUGCUCAGCCUGCCAGCCGUCCUGCUAUGAGCCCGUGUGCUGUGAGCCCGUGUGCUGUGAGCCCAUGUGCUAUGAGCCCGUGUGCCGUGAGUCCAUGUGCUGCGGGGCUUCCUCCUGCUGCUACCAGCCAUCCAGCUGCCAGCCCUUCUGCCGCUCCUGCUUAGCCUGCCAGCCGUCCUGCUAUGAGCCCAUGUGCUGCGAGCCUGUGUGCUGUGAGUCCGUGUGCUGGGGGGCUUCCUCCUGCUGCUGCCAGCCGUCCAGCUGCCAGCCGUGCUGCUGCCCCUGCUCAGCCUGCCAGCUGUCCUGCUGUGAGCCCUUGUGCCAUGAGCCAGUGUGCCCUAUCCAGCUGCCAGCCCUGCUGCCGCUCCUGCCCGCCCUGCCCGCCGUCUUGCUGAAUGUCCCUGCUGUGCCGCCCUACCUGCUCCUGACAGGCAUGCUGUGGAACAAGCCCUUGCUGCUGAGUUAUCCCCAGAGCCUGGAGCUCAAGGCCUGGCACCCCACCUCUCUGACCAUGCCUCCAUGCCCAGCCACUACUGUGUGCAUCAGCUCCUCCAGGGAAGCCCAGGCCACCCCGGCCAAGUGUGUGGAGAGUGACUGGACAGGGGCACUGCCCAAGAACCCUGUUACUUGCCCCCACCUGUGUUAUGAAGAUCCUGGAACCCUGUCACCUGCCCCCAUCUGUGUUAUGGGGAUCCUAGAACCCUGUCGCCUGCCUCCAUCUGUGUUAUGGGGAGCCCAGAACCCUGUCACCUGCCCCUAUCUGUGUUACGGGGCAUCUAGAACCCUGUCACCUGACCCCAUCUGUGUUAGAGGGAUCCUAGAACCCUGUUACCUGCCCCCAUCUGUGUUACGGGGCGCCUAG